GAAGGUGUCAGGGACGAAAGAAUCAUAUCGGUAACAGGAGCGAAAAUCCCGCGGAGACAGCAACCCGUUGACCAAGCAACUAAGAAUAAGAAGGAACUCAGGAUCCACGUCAAAGAAGAUGAAUGGUAUGGACCUGAACACGUCAAUGGUGUUAUCAUUUCCGCGAUAGCCAUCGAGCAGGAUGCAGACGUGGAAACCAACAAGGAACCAGACCACGAGUCUAGAAUUGAAGGAGAGGAUAGUGUUAGGAUGAAAAGAAAAAUGAUGUUAAUAAUUGUAAAGGAUGUGAGAAAAACCACGGAAUGA